UGUUGUCUGCAGUGAUAUCAUAACACUGCAAUAUGAAGAGCCGCUCCUCUGACCGACACCCGUCUGCAUCCCUGGAUAACGCGCAGGUGCUGUAACUGGGCCGAGAGGUAGGCAUGGGGAAUAAAAGGAGGAGGAAGGAUGCCAGCUGAGCCCCUCGUCCCUCUGCAUCUGCCCCCGCUGCCAGCCUCAGACUAACAAGGAGAAAAAACACCAACAUGGCUCAGUCCGUGAGGAGGCCCGAGACUUUAGGAGCCAUGGACCACGAGCCCAAGAGGGACAAGACCAGGACCAGCUACUUUGGCAACGUGAAGACCAGGUUGGGAUCCAAGCUGCCUGCCGGCGUCACUCAGCCUCCGCAGUUCGCCAAGCGGCCCUGGGAGUCCCAGCCUCACGCCCGGGCCAUGCAGGAGGCCGGCAGCCAGCGCCAGCCCGUGGUGGGUCGGCCUCUCAACCACAUCCCCCACAUCAGGAACCCCAAGCUGCGGCAGUACUACCUGCAAGGGACUUCGUGGGAUCUAAACAAUGCCGUAGUGACAAAAGAGCAUGUGGGUGCAGCGUCAGAUGACAGCGCAGGCAGCAGGGGUCUCCCCGGAGACACGGUGUUCAGCGUCUCAUCUAAGUUCAACAGUGUCGCUGGAUCCUCGGCGGAGGAGAGCAAAAUGGGCCACCGUCCUUCCCACACCUCCACACAGCCGCCCUCCUCCUCGUCUGCUGCCCUCAUCCCCAGAGAGCAGCUGGUCGUGCCGAAGGGGAAAAACACUUCCACUGGACAAGGAUCGUCUCACCCAGAGGUGGACUCCGACUCUGAUCCUAAAAGGAAGCCAGAGGCGGAAGCAGAUCAGGACGGUUCGGAUACGCUCGCUGCUCAGCCUCAGUCGCCCUCACCGGAGGCAGAGUACGACAAACUGCUGGAUGUGGAGGCGGUGCCGAUGCCCGACGGACAGCUCUGCUUGUUGGCUCUGCCGCCGGAGUGCUGUCAGGGGGAAGGACCGGAGGCCACGCCGUACCUCAAGCUGUUCUGCCGCUACAUCACCGACCGCAAGGGCGUGGUUUCAGGCAUCCUGCUGGUGACGUCCAAUAAGAUCUUCUUCGACCCGUGUAAGACGCAUCCUCUGGUGAAGGAACACGGCUGUGAAGAAUACCUGCUGUCGUUCUCCGUAGACAAUCUGGCGUCCGUCUCCUUCUUCUCCGACAUCUCCCAUGUUCACUUCAACACCUCCCAGCAGAGGAGAAAAGGAAAGAAAAUUUUCCAAAAGUUGAAAGCUGCCAAAGGGCGAGCAGGCGGCCUCCCAAACCACAAGGGGGAGUCGGUUCCAGCUCUGGUGUCUGCGGCUCCGUCGGAUUUAUCCAGUCUGGCUCUGAGCCUGACCAAGGAGGCUCCUGAAGACGAGGAGCCGGAGAGCAGAGACAUGGCCGAGGUGGAAAAGGAGCUGGACGGCAGCCCUCUGGAGGUGCUGUCGGAGGCGUCUGUGGGCGGCCUGGGGGUGGCAGUACUGAGCAGCGCCGCCACCUUCUGCUGUGGAGGUCAAGAGGCGGCGAGCAAAGUGAACAUCGACCUGCUGCACGCUGGAGACACAGAGAAGUCCUCUGUGAAGAGUCAGACUGCAGUUCCUCGCCGGUCGUCAGCAGGUAGUCCCGGGACUCUGAUGUUUGUGCGGCUGCGGGUUCAGCCGUCUGCAGGGAAGAAGAAGUCUGCUGGAGGUCUGCAGCUGGGCUCGGCUAAGACCUCGACCAGGAGGGACGCCUGGCUCACCCUGUCUCAAGAAAGCGCCGACGAGCUGUACGCCUACUUGAAGCACUGCCGGCCCGACCUGUGCAUACUGGAGGGAGGGGAGGAGGAGGACGGGGAGGCCGACCGUGACGAAGAGGAGUUUGUACUCAUCGAGGACAAAGAGGAGGAGGAGGAGGAGGAGGAUGAAGAGGAGCUGUCCCAGAGGCACCGCGGCUCCGGAGAUGACUGGGAGAUGGUGCUGAUGGAAGAGAGCAGAGAGAAGCCGACCCUGGUGGUCGACCGGGAUCCUGAAGGACUCAGUAGUAUUGUUGAGAGCAGCCACAUUUUGGAGGCCUCACAUGUCAGAGAACUGUGUAAGGAGCUUCCUCCCCGGACCGUCGGCCACACAUGGCAGCUGGCCUACAGCACGUCCCGUCACGGCGCCAGCCUCAAGUCCCUCUACAGAAAACUCAGCACCACCGACUCUCCGGCGCUCAUCGUCAUCAAAGACGCACUGGACGAGGUAUUCGGGGCCUUCCUCUCCCACCCGCUGAGGCCCAGCGAGACGUUCUACGGCACCGGAGAAACCUUUCUAUUCAUGCUGCAUCCUCGCUUCAAGUGUUUCCGAUGGACUGGAGAGAACUCCUUCUUCAUUAAAGGAGACUUGGACUGCUUCGCUAUCGGUGGAGGCAGCGGCCACUUCGGCCUGUGGGUGGAUGAGAACCUGUACCUGGGCCGCAGCAGCCCCUGCUACACCUUCAACAACUGCUGCCUCUCAGAAACCGACGACUUCCGAGUCAUGGAGCUGGAGGUGUGGACGUUCAGCUGAGGGACCGGACCACGUCUCUGCUCAUCGGCUUUAAUCAAGACAGCGUUUAUCACCGAGCAAAAGACUCUCAGCUGCUCCGUCAUCUCAUGAAAACAUCCAUAUAAAGAAACAAACUGCUGGAUUUAUCCGUGCGAUUAAGUGCUGUGGGUUUUAGCGAACUGCAGUGAACUGAAAAAGGCUAAUCUUAAGCAGCUCGCUGUCCCAGUGUGGGUCCUGACUGCUUCAUGCUUGACUCAUUCCUGUGGCUUUGGCAGCCCGGCUGAGUUCUGCUGAGUGAGUGGAGCUGAACUGUUAUGAAACUGGAUUCUCUGAAUCCUCAUUUUUGAAUGGAGUCGGUUACGAGUCUCAGAGACUGCACUAUUGUCUGGAUGUGAAUCAGCGAACUCAUGAUGUCCCAUCAUGUGAGGACAGCUUCACACGUGUCUUUGUAGGUACUGCAUGUCCCCGCUUCCACCUAUCUGCUCUGUUAAUGCUGGACGUUGAAGCACACGUAGGUCUUAUUAUGAACAGAUUUCUAAACUGCACGUGUACAGUGUGGCAGGUACUCUCCUCCUUUCUUAACCACUCAUCAUUUUGAUCCGACAGAUUGCAUAAAUGAAAACUGAACACUAGAAGUUCAUCUCCGUUCAUGUCCAGUCCCGACUCCUGCGUCCCUGUGGUCACUGGAGGUGAACUUCGUGCCGUUUUGUCGUCCAGCUGUAUCUAGAACUCGCUCUUACUUUGCUUACGUUGUACAGGAUUGUAGAUUAGUUAAUAAAAAUCAGCACAAUGUGAAUUUAAA